AUCUUUCUGUUUUUUGCUCUAUCCAAACUGUCAUUUAAAGACGAAGAGGGAUUGAAGUCAAAGGGUGGAUGCAGACGUACGUCAUUUGGUGAUUCAGAUGCAGACCAGUGUUACAACGCUCCAAAACUCGUUUAAAAAAAGAAGUUCUUUUUUUGGACUGGCAGACACACAGGACAACAGCAUUAAACUCUACUCGACAUUUUCAAUUUGAAGGACAAACACUGCACGCAAAAGCAAUUGCAGGUUACGGUGUUGUGAGAACACCCAGGGGUGGUUCAGAGAUUGUGAUUUGGAUGUGUGAGUUAUGCACUUCUGUGGUCGACAAGUGAGGAAGAGCAUCCACAGACAUUCAGAUGCAUCUACAGCGUGUGAAAGGAAUCAACAGUGAGACCAACAGACAAGGAAUGAGUCGCGUUUCCUGCUGCGUGGAAAAAAAAUAUGGACUUAAUCAGAUCCAACUGGACAUUUUUUGCUUUAUUUGAAUUUGAGGAACGUUUGGAGUAAUCUCGACUCAACAAUGAUACAACUGUGACCUGUUUUAUUGAGUUAACACCCCUGGAUAUCAAUCAAGGACAUCUUUGAGAGACUGAUGAAGGAGUCAGACCAGACAAAGGAUUACACCCUGACCUGGGAUUUAGACCCGUCCUGGGGUUCAUUCCUAAAACCUGCUGCCCGUCUCUGCCUCAACACCUUGGACUUCUCAGACCUGUGGGAUGAAGAAGAUCUGGAGGCAGACAGUACAGAAGACGAGGGGUCCGGUUCAAACAAUGAAACACCGACAAGUCUACCCGGACCCCCAGCACCUCCUCCACCACCCCCUCUUCCUCCACCUCCACCUCCACCUCCUCUUCUUCCCCCUCCCUUUCCUUCAUCAUCCCACGAAGAUGCGACAGUUAAAUGUCACACCUUGAAGCUGCAUUGGAGGGAACUGCAGAGUUUACCCCCCCUGCCCAGGAUGACCCGCUUUGGGACUCAGACGAUCUGGGCUGGACUGGAGCCGGUUCAGUUGGAUACAAAUCGACUGGAGUAUCUAUUUGAGUCUAAGACCAGUAAAACCUGCUUUAAUGUGGUUUGCGGACAACGGAAGCAGCCCUCCAUCUCAGUGUUGGGCAUGAAACGCAGUAACAUCAUAACCAUCGCCCUGAGCAGCCUACCCCCUCCCCGCCUCCUCCCCCCCGCCAUCUACAGCAUGGACAGCACCGUGCUCGACAGAGAGGAUGUUCAGAGGCUUCAGACAAUAAUCCCAACAGAAGAGGAAAUUAAUCUGAUCAAAGAAGCCAAGGCCCAGAACCCUCGUUCCCCUUUAGCUGCAGCUGAACUCUGCCUUCUCACUUUGGGGGAAAUCCCACAUCUGAGCACCAGGCUUCAGCUUUGGGCCUUCGCUUUGGACUAUGACUCUUUGGAGAGGGAAAUCGCCGAGCCUCUUUUCCAUCUCAAACUGGCCAUGGAGCAGUUAGCUGCCAGUCAGACCUUUAGGUGGAUCCUGGCGACAGUCUUAGCCAUCGGUAACUUUCUAAAUGGGUGUAAGGCUCGUGGUUUUGAGCUGAGUUACCUGGGGAAGUUGUCGCAGGUGAGGGAUACUCACACUCGUCAGCCCCUGCUGCACCAUGUCUGCGUCCUGCUGCUGCAGCUCUACCCACAAUCCUCUGACCUCUACACUGACAUCACUGCUGUUACUAAAGCUGGCAAGUGUGAGUACUCCUUAGUCCAGUCCAACUUCACCCAGCUAGAGGCCUUGUGCAAAGCAUCAUGGGAGCAGCUUAAAAUACUGGAGAAGUCUGAGGAGAAGAAGAAAGUAGGGAAGGCGGAUAAAAGGAGAGGUGGAGGAGAAGAUGAGGUCUCCACUCUUGAGGGUUCACUCCGGCACAAGCUGCCGAAGCUUCUGAAAGAGUGUGAGGAGAGGCUGAAGGUGUUGAGAGCGGUCCACAGACGGGUGGUCAACAGGUUCCACUCUUUCCUGUUAUUCCUCGGCUACUCCCGAGCGAUGGUGAGAGAAACCAAAGCAGAGGACUUCUGUAAAACCAUCAGUAACUUUUCUCUGGAGUACAGGACCAUGAGGCAGGCAGUCCUGCUCCAGAGGGAACGGGAACGACAGAAAAGUGGAGCAGAAAGCCCAGGCCCUAACACCCCCGUAGGCAGGAGGAAACACAAGCAAACUCCAACACAGGAAUGUGACGAGCAGAGUAGACUGGAAGAGGUGCUGAGAACGCCAGAGUCCAGUUCAAGACUGGACGCCACGCUGCCUCGAAACCGCAGGAGGAUGGGCGACAUCCAAGGUCCAUUCUCGAGGAAACUGACGUGGUGACUUUGCUGAUUUCCUGAAGCCUUUCAGUCACUGGUGUAGAUCAAAACUGUUUUGUUUAUAUUAUUUAUGAUCCUUUCGCUUUGUUUAUUUUUUUUCCUUAUUUACACUCAUGUAGAGACAUAUAAACACUUGUUAGUUACGUAAGAGUCCACAUCUCAAGUCAUACUAAAUCUGUUUGAAUUCAACACAUAAAGUACAUUUAAAAAAAAAAAAAAAAAUGAUGAUGGUGGUAUUUAUUCAUUUAGUUUUUGCAAACCCAAAACUGGGUUCAUUUUGGUACCUGGUACUU